UUAUGGAAGUGAAAGAGGAGAGUCAAGCUGAAGUGGAUGAGAAACAUCAGAUUGUAAAAAUAAACCAUAAUGUUUCACCGAAAGAAACUCUGAAGACAGAAGACAUAAAGUGUGAAAAUAGUUUCAGUGAAGAUGAACGCCCUGCAGAUCACAAGAGGACUCACAGUGAGGAGAAACCCUUCACAUGUCAACAGUGUGGAAAGAGUUUCAGAAGAAAAGUUUACCUUAAAACACACAUGAGGAUUCACACUGGAGAGAAACCUUACACAUGUCAACAGUGUGGAAAGAGUUUCAGCUUUCAAUCGAACCUUAUCCGACACAUGAAAGCUCACAGAGGGGAAAAGCCUUUCAGAUGUCAACAGUGUGGAAAGAGUUUCAGAACAAAAUGGCACCUUAACGAACAUGUGAGGAUUCACACUGGAGAGAAACCACAUCUGUGCCAUCACUGUGGAAAGAGUUUUUCAACUGCAAGUGAACUUAAGAAACAUUCAAGAAUUCACACUGAAGAGAAACCUUACAAGUGUCAACAGUGUGGAAAGAGUUUCACAUUUCAAACAGGCCUUACCCAGCACAUAAAAAAUCACAGUGGGGAAAAACCAAACACAUGCCAUCACUGUGACAAGAGUUUUUCAUCUACAAGUGACCUUAAGAUACACAUGAUGAUUCACACUGGAGAGAAACCUUACACUUGUCAUCUAUGUGGAAAGAGUUAUAGAAGAAAACGUAACCUUAAUGUACACAUGAGGAUUCACACCGGAGAGAAACCACAUGUGUGCCAUCACUGUGAAAAGAGUUUUACAAGUAAAGACACUCUUAAGACACACAUGACACUUCACACUGGAGAAAAACUGUUCACAUGUCAUCUGUGUGUAAAGGGUUUUAGAAAGAAACGUGACCUUAAUAGACAUGUGAGAAUUCACACUGGAGAGAAACCAUUCACUUGUCAUCAAUGUGGAAAGGGUUUUACGAUGAAAUGUGACCUUAAUGCACACAUGAUAAUUCACACUGAAGAGAAACCAUACGUGUGUCAACAGUGUGGAAAGAGUUUCAGAACAAAACCUAACCUUAACCUACACAUGAGGAUUCACACCGGACAGAAACCACACGUGUGCCAUCACUGCGAAAAGAGUUUUACAAGUAAAGGUAAUCUUAAGACACACAUGACACUUCACACUGCAGAAAAACUGUUCACAUGUCAUCUGUGUGGAAAGAGUUUUACAACGAAAUGUCUAUUAAGGUCACAUGUGAGAAUUCACACUGGAGAGAAACCAUUCACAUGUCAACACUGUGGAAAGGGUUUUACGAGGAAAUAUGACCUUAAUGCACACGUGAUGAUUCACAAUGAAGAGAAACCAUACUUGUGUCAUCAGUGUGGAAAGGGUUUCAAGACAAAACCAAGACUUAAUGUACAUUUGAGAACUCACACUGAUGAGAAACCAUUUACAUGCCAUGAGUGUAAAAAGAGUUUCAAAACAAAAGCUACCCUUAAGUCACACAUGAGUAUCCACACUCGAUAGAAAUCAUUCAUGUGUCAACAGUGUGGAUAUGGCAACAAUGUUUAUAAAUCAGCUGAGGUCUUAUUAAUAAAACUGUCUGGAGGAUCCUUACUAAAAGUCUACAUGUGCACAAAAGCCCAAGAUGUCUGUACUUGUGUUCUUGUGAAACGUCAUCAGUCGCGGCCCAAGUACUGCUCCAAUUCCAAGUUCACAUCAAGUCAAGUUCACAUAACAUCUCAGGAUGUUGAUCCGCUCAUUGUAUCGAGGAUGCAUCAGAAGGUGACUUGUGUGGACUUAUGAAAGACAAGUUUCUUAGAAUGCAUUUCACGUCAACGACAAUGGAGCUUAAAACCGGCACAAAAUUUGAAAUAUUACUCUUUUUGUGUCAUUAAAUGUAGCUUUUUAGUUGAAAAUAUUGAUGAAUAAAUUAGUGUUGUAGACAAGACCACCUAAACCGAGACCAAGUCAAGACCAAGACAGGCCGAGACCAAGUCAAGACCCCAGUGCAAGUCACUGCAUUAAAACACUUAUGAAGAAAUGUGGAAUAUGCUUCUAAUUAGGAACUUCUUGUCUGUGUGUGCGUGUGCGCGUGCGUGCGCGUCCGCGUGCGUGCGUGCGUGCCAUUAGAGAAGUUGAUAAAAUAAUCAAAGGCAUUGCAGAUAUGUGGGAAUUUAUCUUUGUCUAUAAGCAAAUAAAAGUGAACAAACACUAAAGAGCUGAAAUCAACUUAACCAUUUAUACUGAACUGUCCUUCCAUGGCUUGCCAUCCACAUAACACAAUGCAGGUGUUUUUAGUAAUAAAAUUUGUGAGAAACUUAAACAAUGCUUAAACAAUGCCAACAUCAUAUGCCAAACCUGAAUAAACUGCAUAAAAUUAAUGGUAAAAAAUAAAUUUGUGAUGUGCCAUCAGUUGUGGUCUUGACCGUUCUUGAAAUAAAAUUCAGAGUCCUCUUUGGCUGAGACCGAGACGAGAAAAAUGCGAUCGAUUCCAAGACGAGACCAAGACCUUUAAGAACGAGACCGGUCUCGAGAACUACAACACUAUAAUAAACUUUAAUUCUGUUGUUAGUUAGUAAAGAUAGCGCAUAUAUAAAAAUUUUCUCUGAUGAUUUGGAUAUGUGAGUUUCGGGUGAUCAGCGGGCCGUCAGCAGAGGUGUAAAAAGUACUCAAAAAUGUUACUCAAGUGAAAGUACAAGUACUGAGUGUAAAUUUUACUCAAUUAAAAGUAAAAGUAUCUGGCCAGAAUUAUACUUGACUAAAAGUAUAAAAGUACCACAUUAAAAUUGUACUUGAGUAUUAAAAAAUUAAAAAUAACAGGAAGAAUGAAAACUAGAGAUUCUUGUUUAAGCUUUUAAUCUCUAAAAACAUGAAGUGAAUGAAACACAUCCAAGGUUUUAUCCUUUACAACUGUUUGUUUUUAAUUGUAUUUCAUUUUCAAACUAUAAGACUACUACCUAAUUUCCAACAUGAUUUCACAAAGUUCCGUGGUAUAGUCACAUAAUUUUUUGCUCAUUUAUCUGUGUCAUUGUCACGGAUCUCUGCAUUUUUCUGUGUCUCUACCACAGACUUUCUUUCUUUUUUUUCUUUUCCAUGUCAGUUUCACGUAUUGGUUUUACUACAUUGUUUUUCCUAUUUUAAACCAUUUUCGCAUGGGUUUGGGGCAGUGUUGGGUAAGUUACUCAAAAAAAGUAAUAAAUUACUAGUUACUAAUUACAUCUUCAAUCAUGUAAUUAGAUUACUUUACAAAUACUCUCUCCAAAAAGUAUUAUUACUAUUACUUUUUUACUUAUUACUAAUUACUUUCUAAAUCCUAUUUAGUACAUGAUACAAGGAUAGGCUUGAAAUAGCUCGAAGAAAUAAUAUAUAAAAUACAUCAAUUAUUCUGGUCCCACUUUAGGGUCCAAUUCUCUCUAUUAACUAUUAACUACUUUUGCCUCAAUAUAUUCCAACUACUGCUUAUUAAUACUAAAGAAGUUGUUAAUUUUAAGUGUUGGUAGAAAUGGGGAGGGUUAAGGACGCAUAAUAAGGUUUUGCAUAAUCGGGCAUUAAUAUGUGCUAUUAAGUGUUAAUAAACAGCCAGCAUCUCAUUAAUAUUAAUGCUAAUAAUCAACCAGUUAAUAGUGAGAAUUGUAAACUUAAACCGUGUUAAAUCCACUAUUGUAUAUUUAUAAUUGUUAAGAGUCCAUACACAGUAUCUGUCAUGACUGCUGGGUGAUCGAUGGCUGUGUGAUCUGUGUGAGUGUGUUGUUUACCUGUGGUGCCGGUUCCUCGUGUGUUCACUAACUCCGCCCCCUUGUUUCGGUAAUUGUUCACCGGUGGUGUCUCGUUUACCUUUUCCUUUAUAUUGCACGUAGUCCUGUCCUUCGUUGCGCGCUCAUUGUUUUAUCACAGUCCUGCUGCCCUGCCCUGCCCUGCCUUGUCCUGUCUUGUCCUGUCUUGUCAGUCGCUCUCUGUCUCUUCCUCUUGUUACCCCAGGUUUGGGUUUCGGCGUUCGGGGACUCGUCUUCGCCCGGACCGCUCGCUUGAGGAUUACUGGAUCUCAUUGACUUUGUUUGUCUCUCGGUACAGCUGGUUCGCUUUGUUUCUAGGCGGUAUACCAGCUGUCUCUGUUUCUCUCCGGUUUGCAUCAUCACCCGUGAGUGGAGUACACCUUUUACCAUUGUGGAUUACAUUGACUCUAACGACUGUUGUUUCUCGGGACCGCUGGUUCGCUUCGUUUUUAGGCGGUGACCAGUGGUUUUCGGGUGGCUCUUCUACAUCAGGAUUUCACAGUGGAUUACCCGUCUGAGAACUUGGAUUUACCAUCUUCCAUCUCCGCCUGUCAUCCACCUUCAGGGCGGCGUGUAUCAUCCCUCUGUUGCGUGUGGUGACUGUGCUGGUGUUCUCGACGGAGUGCGUGGGUGGUUCUCUCUCUCCCUUCGGAUCUGUACUGGAUUAUUGUGUGUGGACCUACCAGUGACUUUGCUCUCCAGAUCUCUUUCUACUUUUCUAAAUAAAUAUUGUUAACUUGCACUU